AUGGCCACAUAUGAUUAUAGGAGCUCGGAAAGAAAACGUACAGAUCAAAGAAUCGUCACAAGGUUUCAAAGAGAGAAUGAGGCCCUAUGUUCGGCAGCACGGACGAUUGAUUCGCCGUUUGACGAGAUCCUGAAUGCUGUAAGCCCGAGGAAGUUUUCCAUGCCUGUUUUCAUUCUGUUCGACAGAACAACCGAUCCGAUUGAUCAUGUAUAUCACAUUCAGUUGAAGAUGGCACUGAACACGGAGAAUGAUCCCUUGAUGUGCAAGUGUUUUCUUACAAGCUUAGCUGAACCGAUGCUCAACUGGUUCAAGAACCUGCCGAGGGGCUCAGUGGACAGUUUCUGUAGUUUGUGUGAUCGGUUCAUAAGCCAGUACUAUGGGAAUAAGCGUCCGGCAAAAGAUAUCUUUAGUCUGUUCACUAUGAAGCAGCAUGAGGAUGAGCGUCUCCAAGCCUUUCUUACCAGGCUCAACCUAACCAAGAACAUGGUGAUAGAGUGCCAUCCUUCCACAGCAGUUCAAGCGUUUAAAUUAGCAAUAACUCGUGGAACACCGUUCCACACAAGCCUGGUAGUGAACACACCACAGACCAUGGAAGAACUGAACGAGAGAGCUGACGGUUUCGUGCAUUUGGAAAAAGAAGAAACAGCUAACGCUAGGAAGACAUCUAUUAUCUCCACAGAAGAGAAGUCCAAAGCCAAGAUUCGGCAAAAACAAACUCCGUCGCAACGUCAAACCUCCUAG